AUGAGCUCUAAAAGAUGGUAUGAUGAUACAGAAGAUAAUAUUGUUAAUCGUUAUGUUAAACAUUUUACAUUUACUAAUUUAACAUUCGAAUGUAUUCCUAGUUCUAUGUGCGAGGAAGUGAUACCCAAAGAAAUUCAACGUGUUUUAACAAGAACAAAAAUUUAUCACUUGGAAAUUCUCGAAAAAAAAGUCUCAAUUUCUGCAUUGAUUCAAAUUGUUAAUCUAUUACCAGACAUAAUUUCAUUAAAAAUUCAUUCAUUAUCAAUACAUAAGACAACAGAAUUAACUCUUAAAGAAUUUUUUAUUUUAUGUUCAAUAAAAGAAACAGGUAAAAUACCAAAGUCUAUCUUGAAGAGAUUGGUGAUGUGAAAGAACUUGAUUUUCUUUUCAUAUUUUGCCCUUAUAUGAAAUAUUUUAAAGUUAGAUGUAUAAAUAUGAUGAAUGUUCAAUCUUUCUUACAUAUUAUUUUCUAGAAAAUUAAGCAAAACAAUACUCAUCAUCUUCGUUCAUUAUGUUUUCCUAUUCAAACAGCGAAUGGAUAAAAUAGUUGAAAACAUUGAACGAAUGAUCAAUUGUGAUAAACUACUUUCUAAUUUUACAGUCAACCGUAUACUAUAUACUGUCUAUUGAUAAUGGAAAUGACUUGAACAUAUUUAUUUAUUUAUUUAUUUAUUUUCUUCUAAAAUUUGUUUAAUUAUUACAAUAAAAUGUUUUGCAUUAAUCAAUUAUUUUAUUACUUGAUUAUAUUGAC